AUGUCUCACAACGCUGGUUCAGUUAUGUUCGCUGCCCACCAGGACGCUACGCGUUUCGCUGGUGCGGGCCAUGUCGACCUCAAAAACAUUGGUGAAGCGGAAGCCCGCAAGCUGAUGUCCGCCGAGCACAAGGCUCUCGGCUACCGUCCCCCUCCAGGCUCGCUCGCUGCAACGGCUCAGGCUGAGGCUGCGAAGCACCCCGACGCCUCCGCCGACAUCCCCGAGCAAGCAUUGGAGCAGGCUGCCAUCGAGGAUGCCACUCGCAUCCAGAGCUUGAAGUCCAUUGACGUCGAUCAGAUUGAGUCCGAGGAACACAGGGCCUUGGGCUACCGCCCGCCUCCGGGCUCGCUCGCGUCGCAGGCCCAAGCCGCCUCAGCGAAGCACCCUGAUGCGAGCUCCGGGUUGCCUUCGCAUGAGCUCAAGCGUGCAGCCAUCGAAGACGCGGCGCAGAUCGCAAAGCUCGAGGGCGAACGGGGAGUGCCGCUAUCCCAAGUCGGCAUAGCUGAAGCUAGCAAGCUGAUGUCGGGAGAGCACAAAGCCCUGGGAUACCGCCCACCACCUGGCUCGCUGGCAGCCAAGGCACAGGCUGCUGCUACCAACCACCCUGACGCAUCUGCAGGUAUCGAGACUGCGGCGCUCACGAAGGCGGCGGUCGAGGACGCACGCGCCAUCGAGACUCGGCGUCAGGAAACCGUGGACGCAAACGGCACAGCUGUCCCAGCCGACGUCAACGUCAACACUACGACCGCCGACGAGGCGCAUGCUCUUCAGUCUGAGGAGCACAAGACCCUCGGCUACCGCCCACCAACCGGCUCGCUCACCGCGCAAGCACAGUCCGGCGUGGACAAGCGUGCGCAAGAGCCAGUGACGAAAGAGCUCGCGGCUGAAAUCCAGGGCCAGGAGCACAAAGCGGUCGGACACCUCCCAGAGAGUGGCUCCCUCGCUGCGACUGCACAGAGUCUCGCGGACAAGAACGCGAACGACGGAGGUGACAGGACUCUCGGUGACGUCGGCCUGUAA